GGCUCGGCGGCGGCGGCGGGGCCGCCAUGGCGCCCUCGGCCUGCGGGCGGGUGGCGGCCGUGUCCUGCCUGGUGCUCUGCGCCUCCCUCCUGCUGCCGCGGGCCUUCGUGUCGCGGGGCGGCGGGAGGACGGAGCCCGGGGCCGCGCCGCCCGAGGGGAAGCUUGGUCGCUUUCCACCAAGGAUGCAUUACCAGGCGACCCCCGACAGCCGAGCCACCCCUCAUUUUCCAAGGUCUCACCUUGCUGAAGCAGUUGCCAAAGCCAAGGCCGGUGGAGGUGGUGGUGGAAGCACCGGUGGAACUGGGAGAGGUCUGGUGGGGCAAAUUAUCCCUAUAUAUGGAUUUGGCAUCUUCUUAUAUAUCUUGUACAUCUUAUUUAAGCUGGCUUCCAAGGGAAAAACUACAGCCGGAGAACGGAAAUGCCCUACUGCUGCACCUGGAAACACGAAGAGGAAAAUCACUGACUAUGAGCUCACCCAGCUCCAGGAAAAACUGAGAGAGACCGAAGAAGCUAUGGAAAAAUUGAUCAACAGAGUAGGCCCUAACUGUGACAGGACCCAAAAUGUUACAACAGACCAGGAAAAGAGGUUACUUCAGCAACUCCGAGAAAUUACUAGAGUUAUGAAAGAAGGCAAGUUCAUAGACGGCAUCUCUCCUGAAAAAGAAGCUGAAGAAGCGCCCUACAUGGAGGACUGGGAAGGUUACCCAGAAGAGACCUAUCCCAUCUAUGAUAAUUCCGAUUGCUUCAAACGCAAACGGGAAACAAUCCUUGUAGAUUAUCCUGAUCUCAGCCAGCCCUCUGCAGAAGAACUGGCUGAAAGAAUGGAGGGCCUGGAAGAGGAGGAUUACCUGUGCAACCAAACCCUACUCUCUGGCCUCACCAUGGGAAGGGACAGCCAUGAUUUAAUGCAGAAAAAGGAUGAGGGAACGGGCAUCAGUGAAGAGGAGAGGGACCAUCAUCACAGCCAAAGCUUUGAGGAGUGUUGUUACUGCUGUGAGGAGGAGGAGGAUCCUGCUGUUCUAGCGGAGAAUGCUGUAUUCCACUCAGAGAGCUGCAGUGAAGCAGAAGAGCCAGCCUCAGAGGACCUGUUCAUGGAGUCUGACAAUGAAAAUGCAGCACUGACAAAGCAAAAAGCUAGUGAUUCAGAUGAAACAGGCAUGCUGAGAAAGCGCAACACAAAAGGACAUGAGUAAUAGAGACAAUUUGUGAAUGGCAUCUAGGUGGUGACAGUAAAGGUCAGAAACUGUCAAUUUGUGAGAUUUUUGCUUCUGAACAAGAAAAUUCAUUAUUCAUCUCCGUGUACGAAUUCCAUGCCCACAGUAACAAUCACAUCCUCUACCCGAACUGCAAGCCAACACCCUUUUUCAUGCAGUCUUGUCAACUUACUACUGCGUUGCCAGGAGCACUUUGUCCUUCUUUUUGGAAACGGAUGCCUUGAAGAAGGAUUAUUCCAUUCAUAUAUUUGUGUGGUUUUAUUUGUUUUUCUUUCUGAUUUCUGAACAAGCAGGUGUUUGUUGGUGGUGGUGGUGGUUUUUGUUUGGCCAAGAGCAAGCCAGAUGUCUCUUUCCGAAGAAAAAUUUGUUUUGUUUUGUUUUGUGUGUAUGUGUUACCAGUUAUGAAAAUGAAUAAAAUUCAGAUAUAGUUAAGAGAUUUCAUGAAGCUGGAGGAGAAAGAAUGCCUUAUAACUCUUAACCGAUCAGCAGAACAGACAAUAGUCACACAAGUCAUUCUUUCUCCACUGUGUCAUUGCUGCUGGAAGCCCACGAAACUGUUGUUAACUACAAUAUAUGAAACUUAAAUGUUACCACAAACCACAGCCCAUUUUCCAGUUGAUGCUGUAAGACCAGUAGCGUAACCUUUUUCGUGUCCCAAGAAGAGCAUAAGCAAGACUGAAGCAUAUUGAGUUUUGUCUUUGCCAUUGUCAUGGUGAAAUGACUUGGUGAAACUCCCAGCUGGGCACAGGAAUCAGCCCAUACAUCGUGUUGAAGAACAUUUAAAAUAUCCCUGGUGAUUUGCUCUUGAACUUUGGAAGUACUAGAAGUGUACUGAAUGGCUCAUUUGCAUCCAUGCAUAUCUUACGUUUAACAAAAUACACGUGUAACCGCUAUGUACUAGCUGUAUUCCCAGAUCACCAGGGCACAACUUGAGCAUAAAAAGAGCGUUUUGCCCUGCACACUCAGAUUGGGUUUGUUGUUUGGUGGAUGUCUGCCUUUGGGACAUCUCUUUUGGUUUUGUUAUCACUGACUUGUUUUCCAGGUUACAACUGUAGCCUGAUGCCUACAUCGUGUAUGUUAUUCAUAAGGAAUUCCUGCUUACAGAAUUAAGGAAUAAAGAACAA